CUUACAUCCGUGGACAGUACACUCGAAUAACCACCAUUAAAAUCACAAAAAUAACUAACUUCUUAACUAAACAAACCGUUAAAAAACAAUAACAAACAAAUUCUAUUCUAAAUUCAAAGUCAAAUAAUUUAUUUAUUUAUGACGCGUUAUAUUAUUCAUAAUUCAAAUACGUUCGAGAUUUAAAACCGAAAAAUUCAAAUUAUCAAAUAAAGAAUGGGUGUCGGUUUCAAUUUGUGACAAAAUUACGUGGCGGCCAGUGUUUUUUUAAUGAGACACGUCAAUAAUUUAACAUCUUUAUAGACCCGUUAUCAGAUUUUUAAAUAAUAAUAUGUAUGCAUAAAAUCGUUUUUACGGUUUUGGUAGAAGCGGCUACUUAGUUGCAUAACAGUUUUGUGUUAAUACCUUACAAAUAGCAGUUAAUAGAUCGAAAUUUUCGUAUGAAUGAGUGAUUCAGUGUCGGCAAAGAUGCGCAGGAGUUUGCAUGUUUCCGAGAUCGCGUAGUGUUGUGUCUGUGCAGUGUUGUGCAUAAUGAGUGUUCCAAAUUUAAGUAUUGAUCAAAUUACAGAGAUCGAAGCGGCAGAAGCAUGCAAAUGGCUAAGGGCUGCCGGCUUCCCGCAGUAUGCGCAGAUGUACGAAGAUCUGCAGUUUCCAAUAGACGUGUCAGGAGUUCAGAACGACCAUCCGUUCUUAGACGCAGAUUCUCUUCAGUCACUGUUCAGGCGUCUCACAGCGCUCAACAGAUGCGCCAACAUGAAAUUAGAACAUCAUCAUCAUCAGAAGAGAUCGAACGACUCUGACGAUGAGCAAUGCGCUUUGAGCGACAAAUGGCAGUAUGAGAGGAAGUCGCGGCGAUGGUCCAGGGUGGUGGAGAUCACACCGCAGGCACAGAGGCGGUUGCAGGUAAUAGCAGCUCGAGCAUUAGCAGAAAGAGAAGCAAGAGAGGCAAGAGGAGAAGUAGAAGAUGAUGAAGAUGAAACUCUUCCCACCAUAAGAGUGGGGCUUGUAGAUCCAGAGGGAAACUACACUGAUGUUGAACCAGAUCUACUAACAGUACCAGGCCAAACAAUGAUACAGUUACCAAGUGACAAAGAGGAUGAAGAGGAAACCGGUACUCGCUUCCGAAGAACUGGCUCCGAGAGACUAAGAGACGGUGCCAAAGCGUUACUCAGAAGAGUAGAAUCCCUCAAAACGAGAAGAAGAAAACGGCAGAACCGAACAGAAGUGAUCGUAUCUUCUCCCCACUUCCUGGACGUGCAACAAGACAAAUAUGCUGAUCUGAGCUAUAUUGACAUGACUCCUACAACACCAACGGCCUUUCCUUUCCCUGAUUUCCAUAGUUCCCCUGUACACGCUCCUGCCAUCAGAACCCAACCACCGUCACCCAUGACAGUCAUGCCACCUUCCCCAAUCGCUCCUUUAGAACAAUCCUUUGUCCUAAAUGCCCCGUUUGGUGAUGACAGUUCCAGUUACGCAUCAGAUGGAAGUAUGGGGUCCAGUAAUAAGAGUUCUAAGUCCAAACUAGGAAGGGCCAAGAGAAUCUUCCAUAGAGGGAUUAAGAAUGAUGAUUCUAGUGCGCUUAGUGAUUCUGAAUGCCAACCAGCCAGUUGGAGACAUAAUUAUUAUAAGGACCAUAAUACUCAUCAGAAUACUGAGGUCUACGUGGAGCCUCCUUCACCAGUGGAACUGAAACCAGACCCUGAAAUACUCAGAGAAGUUCAGAAAUCACCAGGUCACACUCAUCACCGACGGCAGGCUAUAAGGACCAGCUCGCUCAAUUUAGGGAGUGAUGGCAAAAAGUUUCGUGAUAGAAGUCUGAAGAGGGAUAAAUCGGCAUCCAGAAGUUCUGAGCUGGAUAGCAGCCCCAACUCUGCGGGAUCCAGGUCUCAUGAUGGAGACCAGGAUGAUGACGAUGACAGUCUAGAUAUUAAGAGCAAGAAAAACAAUAUUCAGCGAUGGUAUUCAUUCAGGACGAAUGCUCUCAACGGAGGACCUAAAGCUAAUAACACUUUGACACCAACCCCUAACCAAAAGGACCCGGAUUCGUACCUAUCUCGACCGAUGUCCUCGCUCUCGUGUGGACAACUCCAUAUCCUGAGGAAGCUGGCACUCCUUCGCCUGACAGCCUGCAUGGAACGGUACUGCCCCUCACACAAGUCUGGCUGGAAUUGGGAGCUACCCAAACUGAUUAGAAAGAUCAAGACUCCUGAUUAUAAAGAUAAAACAGUAUUUGGAGUACCUCUAACGGUGUCACUCCAAAGGACGGGGCACGCGUUGCCAAAGCCGAUACAAUGCGCUUUGAAUUGGCUGAAAAACAAUGCUUUAGAUCAGAUGGGUAUAUUCCGAAAGGCAGGAGUGAAAUCAAGGAUUGCAAAACUGCGGACGACCGUAGAGGCAGCUGGUGCAUCAAAUGCGAGCUUUGCUAUAGAAAAUAUAAACACUAUAGACCCAAACCAAUCUAGUCUGAAUUUUGAUGGGGCUCAAGCACACGAUGUCGCUGAUAUGGUGAAACAAUACUUUAGGGAGCUACCUGACGCGUUACUCACAAAUAAACUGAGUGAGACGUUCAUUGCUAUAUUCCAACAUGUUCCUGAGCCAUUAAGACCGGAUGCAGUGCAAUGUGCACUACUUCUGUUGCCAGAAGAACAUUUAGAGGCGUUGCAUUCAUUGUUGAUAUUUUUAGCAGAGGUAGCAGAACAUUCAGCAGUAAAUCAGAUGACAGCAUCAAACCUGGCUGUCUGCUUAGCCCCUACGUUGUUGAGGCUGCAUCAUGCGCCACCACAAACUGGUAGCACCAAGGAAGGAAAUUCUAACAGAAUGGUAAUCGAGAGCGUAGCAGAUCAACGUCAGAUCAGCGAGAGUCGAGCAGCACAUGCGUGUCUCCUACUCCUCAUCCAGAAACACCAACAGCUGUUCCUAGCACCGGCUGACAUGCUGGCCAGGUGCAAGUUCAACUACUUCGAAGAGAGUGUUCCGGUUGCUCUAGAAGAAUUGGGCGCAGAUUUCAACCAAGACUGGAAAGGUUUCCAACAAGCCUGCAUAAAAGCUUUACUUAAAGAAGCCAAAGAAAAAACACGUGGAUGGAUGUCAGUGUCAGGGGCCGCUCCUCACGUUGAACUGUGUUGUAAGAAAGUUGGUGAUGGACAUCCGUUAAGGUUAUGGAGAGCGACUACAGAUGUAGAAGCGCCACCACAGGAGGUUAUGCAGAGGAUACUUCGAGAGCGGCAUAUUUGGGACGAUUCAUUGGUAAAAUGGCGCGUCGCUGAAAAGCUUGGCACUAACGCUGAAGUGUUCCAGUACGUCACGGCCUCAAGCAUAAAUCUACCUUCACGAGAUUAUUGUGUAUUACGAUCAUGGCAGCAGGGUGGCGGUGGCGGUGGUUGGUGUGCAGUAGCCGAGACAUCAGUAGCACAUGCAUCAGCCCCACCGAGUACUGCACGUGGACCGGGAGGUUCCCCUUCUGUGUCACGAGGAGUCGUGCUCGCCUCGCGGUACCUCGCACAACCCGCCGGCAAGGGACGCAGCAGACUAGUCCAUCUAGCCAGAGUUGAUACCAUGGGUCGAACGCCAGAAUGGUACAACAAAUGCUACGGCCACAUCUGCGCUCUAUACCUGGCUAGAAUCCGAGCUUCCUUCAAACACAAUACCGAAGGUCCCGAGUCGAAUGUAUGAUCCAAGCAUUCCACUUAAGUCGGCACCGAAAUUUGGAACCGACUUAAGUUGGCGUUUAAGACGUCAUUGUAAAUAGGUUCAAAAUGGAAUCUUAUCUAUAAUGGAAUAAAAUGGCUAUUCGCCCAAAAUUGGAUUGGGUACGGAUGUACCUUUACUCCUUGUAACAUUUCAAUUGAUAAAUUAAAUGGGAUAUUAAUAUAUUUAUGUAGAUAUUAUUAUCUUUUAUUGAGA